CUGGGGCGGGGACAGCCCGCCUAGCCCCGCCCGUGUCCCCCUUCCACCGGCCUGACCCGGCCCGGCCGAGCAGCGCCGCGACCCCCGCCCUGCGGAGCCGCCCUUUUCCCGCGGCCUCGCCUCCGCCAUGUCGUGGGUGCCCGGCCCCGCCGCGCUGCUGCCGCCGCUGUUGCUGCUGGGGCUGCCCGCGCUCCUGCCGGCGCGGCCCCGCUACGAGCCCACCUGGGGCUCGCUGGACGCCCGGCCGCUGCCCGCCUGGUUUGACGAGGCGAAGUUCGGCGUCUUCAUCCACUGGGGCGUGUUCUCGGUGCCCAGCUUCGGCAGCGAGUGGUUCUGGUGGUACUGGCAGAAGGAAAAGAGAGAGCCCUAUGUGAAAUUUAUGGAGGCCAAUUACCCACCUGGCUUCCGUUAUGAAGAUUUUGGGCCACUGUUUACAGCAGAAUUCUUUGAUCCUAACCAGUGGGCAGAUAUUCUGAAGGCUUCGGGUGCAAAAUAUGUUGUCUUAACUUCAAAACAUCAUGAAGGCUUUACUUUGUGGGGGUCCAAAUAUUCUUGGAACUGGAAUGCUGUUGAUGUGGGACCGAAGCGGGAUCUUGUUGCUGAACUAGCAGCAUCUGUUAGAAACAGGACUGACUUGCAUUUCGGGUUAUACCAUUCCCUGUUUGAAUGGUUUAAUCCUCUCUUCCUUGAGGAUGCCACCAAUGUCUUUAAGACAAGAAAGUUUCCAACCAGUAAAUCAUUACCAGAACUCUAUGAAAUUGUGACCAAGUACCAGCCAGAAAUAAUUUGGUCUGAUGGGAGUGGAAAUGCUCCAGAUACUUACUGGAACAGCACUGGUUUCUUGGCUUGGCUGUAUAAUGACAGCCCAGUCCGAGACACAGUUGUAACCAAUGACCGCUGGGGAGUUGGCAGCAUCUGUACCCACGGCGGCUACUACACCUGCAGUGACCGGUACAACCCCGGUCACCUCCUGCCUCACAAGUGGGAGAACUGUAUGACCAUCGACAGGAGGUCCUGGGGGUACCGCAGGGAUGCGCAGCUCAGUGACUACCUCACCAUCGAGGACUUGGUGAAGCAACUUGUAGAAACAGUGUCUUGUGGGGGAAAUCUCUUGAUGAAUAUCGGGCCCACUCACGAUGGUCGCAUCGCUGUUAUAUUCGAGGAGCGCCUGAGGCAGAUGGGUGCUUGGCUGGAGGUCAAUGGAGAGGCCAUCUAUGGAACAAAACCAUGGAGAGCACAGAACGACUCGGUCACACCAGAAGUGUGGUACACUUUCAACCCUAAAGAAGGGACAGUCAGUGCUGUCUUCCUUAACUGGCCAGUCUCUGGCAUUCUGGAACUUGGAGAGCCACAGGCUAAGCUUGGAGAAACACAGGUAAAGCUGGCUGGCUACAAGGAACUGCUGAAAUGGGUUGCACUGGGAGAAAAGGGACUGAUUGUAGCUCUACCUCAAUUAACUCCUAAGCAAUUGCCAUGCCAGUGGGGCUGGACUUUACAACUGACUGCCAUAAAAUGAGCGAUACUCUGCCGGAGACCUGGCUAGCAGGGAAUGCUGAUGUUUUGCUGUUUCUCAUCACUGUUUUUGAACUUACUUGCCUGUAAAAACACCAAUAAAUUCACUUUUUUUAUGAAA